CAGUCGCAUGCUUACUACGUCACUUAAAAAAAAAUACAACUUUAUUUGUUUGGUUCUGUAUAGGCGGCUGUUAACUUUUUUGUGGCAGUGAGCUUAUUGUGUUGUCGAGUUCAAAUGAAAAUAAAGUCAAGAAAACAAAAACAUCAAAAACAAUACAAUAACGGGGAUGCUAAGUAAUGGAAGUUGCAUUGCCUGCCUCAAGAUGGCUUCCCAUGUACCCGCAUGGACCUCUCAGAACUACAUUUCCCAUCAUCCUCCUGCUCUCUGGUAAAUCCAUCUCAGUUACAUAUGUGAGCAACACAUGGGAACAUGUAACUCAAUAAAACAAGAUUCAUACAGGAUGAAUCAUUGGAAUCCUGAGGGAGAACAAGAUUCUCCUGGAGACAACGCCGUUCCCUUGACGACAGCAAACAAACCCAACUCUCAGAGGCCUAAUCAGCAGGCACAUGUACAAGGGUGUCCCACGCUGUUUCCUGCCCCACAAACCAAUACAAGGGACUGGCAAAGCUAGCAUGACCUUUAAAAAUAAAUACAUACAUAAGUCUUUCAUUGAGUACACAAUGACGGUCUGCAAUACAGAAAUGUAAGCACAUUGUUUAAAGCAUUUGGCUCAAAAUUGAUAUUUUUAAGCAUUUUUCUUUUUGAAAGGAUUGCAAUUCUAAAGGUAAUGCCAGGUUUCCAUCUGCACCAUGAAACCAGUCUAUAACUCUCGUUCCAGUUUCAAACUGGGGCUGCCACCAGUUCCUUUUGCGAUCUACAAUACAAUCUGCAACCAGACACACAUAUCAAAGGGCACCUGCAUUUAUCAUGUGUUUGUAAAAUUAUUUUUAAACGAAUUCAUCAAUCUCCAAUAUUUCCCAGUGUAACGUAUUCACAUUCUUCUAGUUGUAUUUUGUUUUUCCCGCAGUCUGAGAUUGCAGCGCUUGGAUCUUUUCAAUUGGACGCUCUUUAGUGCAUCAUCGAUGUGUUGGAAAGAUUGAGUUUUGCCAGCCUGCAGUCCCAGUUGAUAUCGAUUUGAUCUUGAUCUGCCGCUGAAGGCGCAAGGCUGAUUUCAGAUCGCUUUUAAACCAAUCCUGGUGGCAGAUGACAACGUGGAAUAAUAUACAGCUAAAAGGGACACUUUAUAUCGUAUGCAGUUCCUAAUAGUUUAUUUUUUACCUGUUUUAAAAUCCUAUUAAGUGUGUUGUGUAUGUUUUUAGAUUUAGAUUGCCCAAUUAUUUUACCCCCAAUGUUCUCCCCAAUUUAGAAUGUGUUCCCUCACUGCAGCAGUUCUCCACACCACUCAGGAGGACUAAAGGUCUUUGGAGGACAAAGGCUAGCCCUGUAGGUGUCCGCUUGAGCUUCCUAGGCACCUGGCUAGCAGGGUCCACUGUAGCACGAUGAAGAGAAAUGCUCCCUGCCAGUUUUGCCUCCCCCAACCUGCGGGAGUGCCAGAGCCAAUGUGAUGCUCCCUCCCAAAUCCAUAGCGAAGACUGUCUGUGAACCUGCGCUCCCCUGACUGUGUGACUCACCCUGCACACCACACAGCAGUGCUUUUACCAGGGGAGUCGCUCAGGGACCCUGUGGUUCUCUAUGUUUAUGCUGCACUGAAGCCCAUAGGAAUGGCACUAAAGCCUGGGGAAUGCUAACAGGCUUCCACACCUCCUCACAGUCAACCUUGAAGAAUCAACCAGAGUGGAAACAACCAGAUAUAAUCAUCCAGAACACACAAGAAGAUAUCAAACAGCUCUGUGCAAGUUUUCCGAAGCAGGCUCCUGGACAGGCUAAAGUUCAUGUGAGCUGCUCCAAGGAUUCCCUGUCUCCACACUGCUGCACCAUCCCCACUCUGUGAUGUCCUCAAAGACUGACAAUCCCCCUCGAAGAGCUAGCUCUGCGGAGAUGGACUCUGAGCACCAGACCGAGCUUGCAGACAGAGUCGCAGCCAUCAACAUGAGUGCUGGGGACGGGCUUUCUAAUGGGAAGAAGGGCUUGCAGGCUAACGGGACGAACAAUGGGGAUGGCAGCACAGGCAACUCUGCCAAGAAAGCCGCCAGGAGGCCCGUCCUGUCCAGCAGGAAGCUGUCUCUGCAGGAGCGCUCGUCUGGAAACAACGCCGCGGCAGGCUCUGGCUUCGGCCCGUACUCGACAGGGCCUUACUCCCAUGUCUCACCCAGAGUCGCUCGCAGGCCGACCAUCGAAUCAAAGCACAUCUCCAUCUCAGACUCUCAGGACUGUGUACAGCUGAACCAGUACAAGUUGAAAAAUGAAAUUGGAAAGGGCUCCUAUGGGGUGGUAAAAUUGGCAUACAACGAAGAUGACGACAAAUACUACGCAAUGAAAGUGCUGUCCAAGAAGAAGCUGAUGAAGCAGUAUGGAUUUCCACGACGCCCCCCUCCUCGGGGAGCUAAAGCAGCUCAGGGGGAUCAGCCAAAGACCCUGGCGCCUCUGGAGAGGGUUUACCAGGAGAUCGCCAUCCUCAAGAAACUGGACCAUCUCAAUAUCGUCAAGCUCAUAGAGGUGCUAGAUGACUCCUCUGAAGACAACCUGCAUAUGGCAUUUGAGCUAAUGAAAAAGGGCCCGGUGAUGGAGGUGCCGACAGACAGCCCCUUCACAGAGGAGCAGACAAGGGUCUACUUCAGAGACGUGGUCCUGGGCAUCGAAUACUUACACUACCAGAAGAUCGUCCACAGGGACAUCAAGCCCUCAAACCUGCUCCUUGGCGAUGACGGACACAUCAAAAUCGCCGAUUUCGGAGUGAGUAACCAGUUUGAAGGCAACGACGCAUUGCUGUCCAGCACUGCCGGGACCCCCGCCUUCAUGGCACCAGAGACCCUCUCGGAUCAUAGGAAGAGCUUCAGUGGAAAGGCACUGGAUAUAUGGGCUAUGGGUGUGACGUUGUACUGUUUUGUGUUUGGGAAGUGCCCUUUUAUAGAUGAGUACAUCUUGGCAUUACACAACAAGAUCAGAAAUAAACCAGUGGAGUUCCCCGAAACGCCAGUGAUCAGCGAGGAACUGAAGAGCCUAAUUCUACGAAUGCUGGACAAAAAUCCAGACACUAGAAUAAGUAUUCCAGAAAUAAAGGUGCACCCUUGGGUCACGAAGGACGAUACAGACCCAAUGCCUCUGGAGGAGGAGCACUGCAGUGUGGUGGAGGUCACUGAAGAGGAGGUCAGGAACUCCGUCAAGCUCAUCCCCAGCCUCUCUGCUGUGAUUCUAGUGAAGUCGAUGCUGCGAAAGCGAUCAUUUGGGAACCCGUUCGAGUGUCCUUCAAGGAGAGAGGAGAGGUCCAUGUCCGCUCCUGGGAAUUUACUCAUGGACAGGUGGCUGUUUUACUCCUCUGUAAAAGCGCAUCCUUCAUUAAGGAAAGACAGCAGCGGGGAUGGAAGCAAGGAUACAGAACUACCAGAAGUGCAUGAGGAUGAAACCUCGUCCUGAACACUGGAGUCCUGUCCCACAGCCGCACUGCGCUGCAUCAGUCAAACCCUUGCCUCUUGUGUUUCUGUUUCGAGCCAGUGACAAAAGGUGGGGGCCGAUACCAUGAGAAAAAACAAACAGAACAGAAAAAAACAACAUAGUAAUGAUGCAAGGGAAUAUUUUCAGCCGUUCACUGGUGCAUACGGAAUGCUAAUAUUACUGCCUGCCUGUGUCGUCUGCAACAGGAGAUUGCGUUUGGGUCUUGUCUAGAUGUUGUCUAGUAUGUGCAUUGUUACUCUCUUUUUUAUGUCAAGCUUGUAUAUUCAGUGCUGGCUUACAAGGUAUUUAUUUAUUUUGCUUUUUGGACUAUAAGGGAAGGUCUAGGAGUUUAAUUGUGACCCAGUCAGAAAACAGUCUCCAGUACACACCACUAAACAAAACGGACAAUAAUUUGCCAGAAUUGGAACAGGCCAGCUUUGCAGAUAGGAAAGGUAGGCGGUCACACAAAGACUGAACUGGUGUGGAGACUGAUCAGUUCCCUCGUCUCCUUACAGAAAGGGUGGGCCUUCCAGCCAAACCAGAGGUGAAAAACUAACAAUGAUGGAAAGGUCCUGUGUGUUCUGGAAAGCUUAUUGUAUAUCAACCUCGACAUUUGUUUCUUCUUUAUCUAACACAAAAUGAAGAACAAUUAGCCUAAAACUGAAUAAAAGCAUUGGUGGGGUUUGUUUUGUUUUUUCUCACCCAUUGUUUUCUGUAAACGGUAAUUGUUGGGUUCACUGGCUUGCUGAAGAUUCCCGAGCUGUAGUAUGUCAGUUAAACUUUAAUACAUGUAUGUACUGUGGGUGUAGAUCAUGCCAUUCUUCUUGCACACAGAACUGUUUCUUGUUAUAUAGGUCUUACACAGGUUUCCAUUACAAUUUCAUUUAUGAUAGUAUUUCAGUUUGAAGCACAGUAUGUUUCACAUAGUUGCGUGUAGGAUAGAAAGAACGAGAGAUGGUCAUCAGUUUUUUGGCCAUUGGCACAUUUGUGUAAGUUCGAGGGCAUGAUCGUUUUUCUGGCUUGACGUUUAACUGAAGUUCUUAUUUUAAAAUGACAAUGAAAGUAUAGAUGUAACACAAAUGGUACAAAAGCAGAGACUGGGACCAGAGAUUGUAACUUGCUCACAGACGCAGCUUUAGGACCACUGUACUUGAAAGUGUUCAAUUCCACGGUCACAAAAGCAAUCUGUAAACCUAAAAAAACACAUCUUUUGUGUCAUCUGUCUAUCUGUCUAGCCUUGUUUUAAAUACUGUAAUAAUACUUAUUGAAGUUGCUGAAAAGCACCGAUAACUCCGUUUUUAGAAUGAGGGGGUUUCUUUCAUUCUGUGGGAAAGAAUUGACAUCUCGUAAUCAGCUCUAUGCAAUUUUAAAUUGAUCACAAGACACUUAUUAGGGAUUCCUAUGAGCUUAAUUAAAAAGCAUCCAUUGCAAAGUCACCUGCUUUAAUUCCAGCAAAGCUGAAGGAAACACUAUUGGAGCUGUUUUAGUGUGUAGCACAGGCUGUUGAAAUUGUAUUAUUAAUCACUGAAUAGUUUGGAUAUAAAUAUUAUCAACGUUUCCUGGGUCAUUUAAAUGCUCUCUGUUUCUGAGGAGCACCUCUGUUUUGCUGUCACAAUCUUAUUGUAUAGUAAAAGCCACUGUGGCUAUUGUUGAAACAAACAGCAAAGUGGUGGGUGGCUUUUUAUUUACAUAAAAGUGCUAACUGGCUUUCAGAUGGCAAAAUUGAGUGGUGGGGAAAUAAUCCCAGUGGAGGAAGUGUGGAUAAUGACCUGGGGGGGGGGGGGGGGGGGGGAAUGAAGGAACAUUCACCAAUUCAUGUAGGUUUAACAAGAAAUGUUCUGUGAUACAGAGUAAGUAGGAAGAAUACUGUAUUACUCACAUCAGUCAGAACCUGCCCCUCCCAUUCCCACCACAGUACAGUAGUCAUCAGUUUAAACAAUGUUCCCCUACCACAGAGUGGUGCAUGCAGAUCACCUGUUGUCUUUACAAAGAAACCAGAGGGUUAUGAUGCCCUAACCACAGAGCGUGAAAUGGCAUUGUAAUUAAGCACUGCUGCUAUGUAUCAUAUUGAGUGUUUUAAAUGUCAGUGUUUGCAGCGUCUGUUCAUUGUAAUUGAACUGGAUGUAAAGCCUAACUAUGAAUGUACUGUAUGUAGUCUUUGUUAAACGAAGCAUGACGUGUCUGUACUGAACUGAAAUGCAACCGUUACAACUAUGUAAAUAUGUACCAAUUUAAAGAGGCUAUUUUUUGCAUGCUUUUGUACACUAGAGGUAAACCAAGACAAUAAAGUGAUCGAAACACA